UCAGGGUGCAUUCUGGGGCCUCAUGGUGGGUUUGGUGGUAGGCGUGUGCAGGAUGGCGCUGGAAUUCGCCUUUCCUCCUCCCAGAUGUGGCGUUGUGGACUCAGCUCCCCUGGUGUUACGUGGCGUUCAUUAUCUUCACUUUGCCAUUCUGCUCUGUGGACUCACUGCUAUCGUCGUAGCUGUGGUGUCAUUUGUCACACCGCCACCCAGCCACGAACAGGUUAGCACUCUUGUGUGCAACCUGACCUGGUGGACAAUGAUUGAGGAGCCUGAAAGAGAAAUUCCUCUCCAGAAAGUUUCCUCUGUCAGCCACCGUAACUCGCAGGGAUCUGAACAGGCUCGCCGGGCGAUGUGCGGACAGGGAGCAGGAUUGUGCCUCUCAGCGAUGCGGCGCUCAGAGCAGACUCCCAGAGUUCCCACGAUUCGGGAGAGUGUGUUCUGGUCCAGAUUCUGUUGUGCCAAUGCUCUCCUCUUAGUCUGCAUUAAUAUUUUCUUAUAUGCAUACUUUGCCUGAAUGGGUUGCCAGGUUUGGUAGCGUUCCUCACCAUGCCUCCUGCUGAACUCUGUUCAGCCUGUAAACUGCAAACUGAAAUUUGCAGUUUACAAACUGGAAGAAGUUAUUCACAAGACAUUUUUUUAUUUUGUCUUGUUUACCUGUUAGAUGCCUGACAGAUAUAGCUCUGUGCAAAAGUUUUAAAUCAACUUAAUUUCUUUACCCUUUGAUCAAAAUUAGCCUGAUUGUUUCAUAAACCCUAAGAGGUCUUCAUCACAUGGAUGUAUGAAGGUUUUUCUUCAUCAGCUCAUUUACAGUGUAUCUCUAGUUUAAACUGGUCUGAUUUAAAUUAAUAUAAAGAAAAGAAUGGCAACAUUUAGAAUUUUUAAGAUCAGUAUAAAAGUUCACAAAUUGAGCUUCAAAGAAUCUGUGUUUAGAGGUGUUUUGUGAAAUAUUAUUUGUCGAAAAGAAUUAAUAUUUCUUUGUUUUUCAUUGGCAUAUGUUAAAUAAACUGAAAGAUAGUUGCACAAAAAGACAAACAUGGACACAAUCAAUUCAUGACUGGAAAUAUAGCAAGAAGAAAAAUGUAAGAUUUACUGCUGUAUUUGGACCCAGUAUAUGCUGAUAGCAGCAGGGUUUGUGACCAAAGACAAAAUAAUAAAACAGAUUAAAAAAUAAAUGUCUUUCUAAAACUCUUUAUUUUAACAGGUUACAUUGACUCACUGUAAAAAUUUAACUUUUAUUAAAUUAAGAGGUUAAAUCUCAUUCUUGUGAAUCAUAAUCCCCAGAGAUCAAUGUGAGAUCUUCAAAUUGCUUAAUGAAGAACAGACAAAUAUCCAAAUAUAUUGACAGAUUACUAAAGUGAAUCAAAGAACCACGCCUGACACAGUUUCUAAGAUUUAAGAACAUGGAUUCAGGUCUGGCAUGAACAAAUGGAAAUAUGGAAAAGCAUGAAAACAUAUGUUGGAGUGGACGGCAUCAUCUCUUUGAAAUACGAAAGAAAUUUUAAAUCUUUGAUGGCGUCUACCAGAAAUCUAAAAAUGGGUCAUCAUUGGGUAAAUAAGCAUAGAAAUGGCUCAUCAGACACUAAAUCAGUGUUUUCCCAUGGCCUCUCAGUGGUUUAACCUAAACACAUACACGGCACACACAUACCCUUGUUUUUCAUUCAUACUUAUGUAACAAGUGUGAAUGGUUGUACUUGGGUUACCUUUACAUGUGCUUCAAGAACAUUGUCGAAAGUUAUUUACCUUGUAAAUGGUAAAUGAAGCCAGUUAGCUGUAGAGCUAAUAAGCACAAACAUUCAACAGCGUACAGUUCUGUACAUCAAACAUACACUUCUCAAAAGUUAAAUGCAUAGCAGAAUAAGUAGAUAAGCAUAAUCAAAGCAGAUGACGAGGAACAGGUGAUUCUACGUUGUAUUUACCUCUGAAGCUGUAACCUGGAUCUGGAAAUGGCAUCAAACUCACUUAAAUCUGAUUUCAUUUGCAGCUUGGGAAAUCUGUAAGGCUUAUUAAUUGUUGUGCUCAAUGACCAGGCUAAUAACUCUUAGCAAUACAAGUUAUGAUCAAGGUAAAGUUAAACCCAAUAUUAUAUUUUCAUUCAACAAAGAAAUUUCUUUCUGACAGGAAAUGAGAUAGAUAUCUCUCAAAUGAUAAUAAAAUUAUUAUUACAUGUCAAAUAAUAUUUAUAUCCUUUUCAAUAAUCAGUGGGAAAAUCUUUGUUGGUGCAGUGCAGCUACCAACCUCUUCUUGUAAAUGCUGAUAUGUUUCCACUGGUGUCUUGAUGCUUUAGCUUUGAGAAUGAUCUCCAAGUCUGAGUUUAGAAGGCUUUCAUGCCAUGACCCUAAUCUUUUUCUCCCUCCACAGAUUCUCAGAUUCUUGUUGAGAGUCUGGGGGGGGGGGCUGCUUCAAAACGUUAGUAUUACUAGUCAAAAUAAAUAGUGUGGUAAAACAAAAAAAGUACAACAAAUGGGAGAAGUCAACAUUCUGUUCUAGUUCUGAUCCAAAAUGCUGAGUGUUGCUUAGAGAACUUUGUAUUUACUGAAGUGGUUAUUGUUAUUAAAAGCUUAAAAAAUGGAAGACUUUGGACAAAGAGGAAUUGCAAAAGAUCUUCCACAUAGUCCAACUUUGGCUAAUGUUUGGCUAAUGCUAUUGACAUGAAGGGGACAUGAAGAGGAGUGUGUUAACACCUUCAUGUCAGUGUUAACAGGAAGUUUACCUUUUGAAGUGUGGUAUUGGUAAUGAUGGUAAAAAAAAAAGUAAUUAUUUCCAAACAUUUUAUUCAAUUUUUUUAUACAUGUAUACAGUUAUGCUGCUGCAAUCAAGGUUAAUUUAUUAUUUAUAAGCUUUUUUUAUAAGCUUUAAUACAUUUUUACAAGAGUGGUUUGGAUGUAUUCAUCUCUAAAUAACCACACUUUUUGCAUUCUUUUGCAAGGACCAAAUCUAUCCAGUUCCAAAUAUAGAGUGAAAUAAAUCCUGCUUUUCUUGCUCUGAACUGACUAAAUGUUUGUUAUUCAAAACAUACCUGGCAAAUACUUCUUUUAAUAGGACCAAUCUGCAAAACCCUUCUCAAGUUUACACAUUUCUUUCCAACAAAAACUGGCUACUUCAUUUGUUUAAUGAAACCAUUACAUUAUCAGGGAGGUAAAGAACACAUCACAAUAUAAGUUUUUAUUAACAAUAUAAUGUUUCUUGCUCCUUAUGUCCUUUUGACUUGACAAUUUUAACCCAUGUG